AUGUACAUACAUACUUGUGCGCCGCCGACCACGACGUCUUCAACGCUAGAGAUCCCGGCCUCGUCAUCUCCCCACGUGGCUCGACUUCUUCAUCGACUACGGGCGCCGCUGGCAACAGGAGAGGCGGAAGACGUCGCCCCCGAAGGCUCGCAUGCCUGUCUUGCUGAGCCAGUACGCCGCAUACUGCGCCGGUAUCCCAAGCGAAGGAGGCACCAGAGGACGCUACUGGAUCACAAGGAGAAUGGAAGCAUCGGCCCGCCGUGGACGUUCGAAUGGCAUGGUGACCCGGGCGCGAUCCUCUCGAAAUGGAAAGUAGGCAGCCGCGUCAUCUUAGCCAUUCGCAAGAAGCAGAGGAUUUGGGUGGAAGGCCUGAAGAACCGCCAAUGGGCGAUAGGUCCUCCCACCGCCGGCGGGCCACCGCCAGCAGGUCCUUCUAAUUACGGCGGCAACAGCGCUCACGGCGAUCCCAUUCGAAACGACAAGCCUCCUCCACUACCGUCAAGCGGCAGCCCAGGUGCCGCCGAACCCACUUCCUUCACCGAAGAAAUCGUGCGGUACUGGAACCCUGUCUUCGGUCACAUCUUCGGGGCUCGCGACAUCGACUCCAAGCCGCCUUGA